GUCACGUACCUCACAAGCGAUUGACUCCGGUCGGUAGAGUCGGUAACACGACCUAGAUUAUUUCAAGCACUCUCGCGCCGUCCAGAUGUUGUAUGGUUGCGGUUGACAAUCGCUAUAAACCGGGAAUUGACCCGGCAGCAUGGGUGUUCAUGGACUGUGGACAGUCGUGCAGCCAUGCGCACGGCCCAUCAAGUUAGAAACGCUCAACAAGAAGCGUCUCGCAGUGGAUGCAUCUAUUUGGAUCUACCAGUUCUUGAAGGCUGUCCGCGACAAAGAGGGAAACGCUCUGCGCAACUCGCACAUCGUUGGCUUCUUCCGCCGGAUAUGCAAGUUGCUAUACUUCGGGAUCAAACCGGUGUUCGUCUUUGACGGCGGCGCCCCAAUUCUCAAGCGACAGACCAUCAAUAACCGAAAGAAACGCCGAGAGGGCCGCCGCGAAGAUGCAGUCCGAACGGCAGGGAAACUGCUGGCAGUGCAGUUGCAGAGAUCGGCCGAAGAAGCAGCAGCAGCGAGCCGCCAGAAACGAGUCGCGGAACGGGAGGAGGCGGUGCCAGACAACCCUGUAUAUGUCGAUGAUGCCUUCAUGACAGAAAAGGAAAAGAACCAGACGCGCUCCUUCAGGAAGAAGGAUGCCUACCAUUUGCCCGACUUGCAAGUCUCCCUCGCGGAGAUGGGCGCGCCCAACGAUCCCCGCAUCAUGUCUCGCGAAGAACUCGAGGAGUAUGCCCGGCAAUUUCACCAGGGUGAGGACAUUAAUCUAUAUGACUUCUCCAAGAUAGACUUCGAUAGUCCCUUUUUCGUCAGCCUUCCGGCUACAGAUCGGUACAACAUCCUCAAUGCGGCCCGACUCCGAAGUCGCCUGCGUAUGGGUUACUCGAAGGAGCAACUAGACACCAUGUUCCCUGACCGUAUGGCUUUUUCGAAGUUCCAGAUCGAGCGUGUCAAGGAAAGAAACGAUCUUACGCAACGCUUAAUGAAUAUCAACGGCAUGAAUGGGGAGGAGGCAUUCUACAAAUCUGGGCAGAGAAUAGCUGGUGAGAGAGGCAAGGAGUAUGUUCUGGUCAAGGACAAUACUAUCGAGGGUGGCUGGGUUCUGGGUGUCGUGGGAAACAAGGAAGGCCAAGAGGACAGGCCAAUCGAUGUUGACGAGUAUGGCCAGCAUCAGGUGGUAGCCCCGAAGGAGGAGUUUUCAGAUGACAGCGACGGCGGUUUUGAAGAUGUCCCAAUCGAAGGUCUCAACCGACUCCCUAGACUUCCUUUCCUGCGAGAAGGCGCUUUCGACGAGUCGAUCAUGAACCAGAUGCAUGGAGAUGUGGUGGGCAGAAGGCCUUCGGAUGUCAUGGACGAUGACUCUCUAUUUGUUCGCAACGAUCGACGUCCGAGCUUCCCUAAUAAUAAUCUCACUAACGGCGACGAUAUCUUUAAUGAUCUUGAAGGUAAUGACGAAGAGCUUCAGCGCGCUAUACAAAUGUCCCUGGAAUCUCCGACCCACGGUCAAGACGACAAAGACAUGCCAGAAAUCCAAUUGAAUCGGAGUGAAAUUUCCUUAUCUCAGCCGAGGGAUGAGCCCGCGAAUCUCAUGGAUGAAAGUGAAGAUGACUUCGAUUUUGCGGCUGCUCUAGCUCAGUCUAAGAGGACUCAAAAAGCCACUCCUCCUACUCGUGUGGAAAAUCCUUUUGAUGGCCCUUUGCCCUUCGAGUCAAUGCAGCUAAUGAAGCCAAACAAGGUCCAUGAGCCACGAAAAGAGCAGGAAAUCCAGAAAAACCAAGCUAAGGAUGAAGGGGAGGCGACGAAGCCCAAGAAAGAGGCUUUGCCUUUGCCACCGUGGUUCUCAGCAGCAUCCCGCGAUAAUCAUAAUGCUGAUUUCAUCGCCGACGAGGUUGAAUCUCGACCAGCUAGGGAACCUCGUGAUGAGAAGCACGACUCGGGCGCACUUUUCGUACGGGAUGAGGCAGCAAACCACAAAUACACUCGUAAACCCGUGGGCAGAAAAGAGGUCAUCAAUGUUGAUUCCGAGUCUGAAGGGGAAGAGAGCUUACCGAUUCCUAGUAGUGCCCCGACAAUACACACUACACUGACCACUGUGGAGGUGCCCGGCUCUGAGAAGUCUACUGAACAUUCUCCACCCGAGACAUAUCCUAAUGACAUUCCAAAGGACUUCGAAUCAGUCAAUGAACUCGAACCAAGUUUAUCUAAUGGCAAUAUAGCCGACACUACUGAAACCGCCAAUGUUGCACGGUCCGAAUCAUCUCCAACUCCUGAGUUCGAGGAUGUUGCCAUACCGCAUACUGGCAUGCCUGACGAUGCUAUGCCUGUAGCGCAAGAUGAUUUCGAGGACGUUGUGACAACAACUGGAGACAUAGCUGAUAAUACCAAGUCUGUCGCAGAAGAUGCACCAGUUUUUGAGCUUGUUGACACAGGAGACAGCAUUGAACAGGAAGACUUUUCUGAUCCUGAAGACGAGGAUCUAAUGCAGCAGCUUGCAGCUGAAGGCGAAGAGCAUGUCCGAUUUGCUGCUGCAUUGAACUCUGAGACGAAUCCUGCAAGUGCAUUCGACUAUGAGCAGGAGCUGAAGCAAUUACGAUUUCAGCAGAAGAAGGAUCGCCGAGAUGCCGAUGAGGUGUCACAGGUCAUGAUCACGGAGUGUCAGCAGCUGCUGUCGCUGUUCGGCUUGCCGUAUGUUACCGCGCCCAUGGAAGCUGAGGCUCAGUGCGCGGAAUUAGUUUCUUUAGGACUCGUUGAUGGCAUCAUCACUGAUGAUAGCGAUUGCUUCCUAUUCGGUGGCACACGAAUAUACAAGAACAUGUUCAACCAGGGCAAGUUCGUCGAAUGCUACUUGUCUUCUGACCUGGAGAAGGAAUAUGCCCUCCAUCGCACCAAGCUGAUCAGACUUGCCCAUCUCUUGGGCAGCGAUUAUACGGAAGGUAUUCCCGGAAUUGGCCCUGUAACUGCAUUGGAAAUUCUUACAGAAUUUGCCGACUUGGAAGAAUUCAACGAAUGGUGGACACGGGUGCAGACGGGGGCCAAUAUGAGUGACAGUGAGCAUGCUGCCUUUUAUAAAAGGUUCAAGAAACAAGCUGCGAAGUUAUUUUUGCCGCCGUCCUUUCCUGAUCACCGGGUAGACAUCGCUUAUCUUGAGCCUGAGGUGGACUCCGACCCUUCACCUUUCCAGUGGGGCGUGCCUGACCUGCAUGGUCUACGCAACUUCUUGAUGUCGACCGUUGGAUGGAGUCAAGAGCGGACCGAUGAGAUUCUCGUGCCUGUAAUCCGUGACAUGAAUCGCCGAGAGCAAGAAGGCACUCAAUCAAAUAUCACCAACUUCUUUACGGGGCCCCAGGGUGCGGGCGCAUUCGCUCCUCGUGUCCGUACGGGCGGCCAGAGUCGAAUGGAGAAGGCCUUCCGUCGCCUUCAACAGCAGGCUGGGACUGCUGCUGCACCCUACUCCUCGGACGGGGAGGCUGCUCCCACUGCUGAUGUCUCGCCCGAGAACCAGCUCUCGUCUGCCAAAGAAGCGGGCACCAAACGGGGGGCGCGUAAAGCACGUGCUGUGGAUCCGGAGCAGGUGGCUGAUAAGGCUCAGACCACUAAGAAGAGGAAAACCCGCCGUGGGGCUAAUUAAGUGUGUAGCUCAUUUCUGGGGAGGCGGUCGAUCCUGUGGACUGAAGUGUAUGAAUUUGUAUAUAUUCAAGAAAUAAAUGUGAUUAAUGCCUUGGUGCC